AUGGCCGCUGAAGUCUUGAUGCCCGCAGCUCCACCGGCCGUUCUGGGACCAAAACUUAAGGAGCCAACGCGCCCCACGAACCGGUUGCCCGACUUUCUAAUCGACGAAGUGAGAGAUGUCGAGAAAGUCGCUUUCGAUCCAAAGAAACACCUGAACAUCGUCGAACCAGAGCGCAUCUUCACCAUGCAGGAAAUCGGGCUCGGCGGAAAGGGUAUAUCCCCGGUUGCAGCUUCUUCCCCAUUCUCCAUCUUUACACCGGAGGCCGUGGCGCAGAUGAGAGCAGAGAUCUUCAGCGAGCCCGUCCUUCAAAGCUGCCAGUUCACCUCUGACUUUGCGAAGAACAUGAUCAGGGGAUAUGGACCUAGCCCCGAAGUUCUCAACGCGGUCUCGAGGGUCGCCGGCGUGGACCUUGUCCCAGCCAUAGAGUAUGAGGUCGGCCACGUCAACAUCUCCAUCAACGAUGUCACGACUGAACUCACUGCGAUCGAGAAUAGCGACGACUCUUCCGCUUUUGCCUGGCACCUGGAUAGCUAUGCUUUCGUCUGCGUCACAAUGCUUUCUGAUUGCACCGGUAUGAUCGGAGGCGAGACGGCCAUGCGAACGGGCACAGGGGAGGUGAUGAAAGUCCGCGGACCAGCGAUGGGCACUGGGGUCGUCAUGCAGGGCCGCUACAUUGAGCACCAAGCCCUCAAGGCCAAGGGUGGCCGGGAGCGUAUCAGCAUGGUCACUGCCUUUCGGCCCAAGAGUCCCCUGGUCAGAGACGAGACUGUCUUGACAGGCUCUCGCCCUAUCAGCACUCGAUCUGAUAUCUACUAUCAGUGGAGUCACUACCGUUUGGAUGUGCUUGAAGAACGCUUCCGUGAUGGGGCAAAAAAGCUCCGAGAGCGGGAGCGCGCUGGCCGUGAAUUCGACGUUGAUGCAGCCAAGGAGUUUUUGACUCUCCAGAAGCAGUUUUUGGAGGCUACUAUCGCGGAGUUGGAGUAA